GCAUUGCGUUUACUCUGCGCCGGAAGAAGAACCUGCGAGGGCUGUCGGAAUUAUGGCGGCGGGGGACAUUCGAGAUAAUCUCUUGGGAAUCUCUUGGGUUGACAGCUCUUGGAUCCCCAUUUUGAACAGUGGUAGCGUCCUGGAUUACUUUUCAGAAAGAAGUAAUCCUUUUUAUGACAGGACAUGUAAUAAUGAAGUGGUCAAAAUGCAGAGGUUAACAUUGGAACACUUGAAUCAGAUGGUCGGAGUCGAAUAUAUCCUUUUACAUGCUCAAGAGCCCAUUCUUUUUAUCAUUCGGAAGCAACAGCGGCAUUCCCCUGCCCAAGUUAUCCCAUUGGCUGAUUACUAUAUCAUUGCUGGAGUGAUCUAUCAGGCACCAGACUUGGGAUCAGUUAUAAACUCCAGAGUGCUUACUGCAGUGCAUGGCAUUCAGUCGGCUUUUGAUGAAGCUAUGUCAUACUGUCGAUAUCAUCCUUCCAAAGGGUAUUGGUGGCACUUCAAAGAUCAUGAAGAGCAAGAUAAAGUCAAGCCUAAAGCCAAAAGGAAAGAAGAACCAAGCUCUAUUUUUCAGCGACAACGUGUGGAUGCUUUACUUGUAGACCUUAGACAAAAAUUUCCACCCAAAUUUGUACAGCAAAAGACUGGAGAAAAGCCUGUCCCAGGAAUACCACAGAAAGAUGCUUGUGGAGGCACAUGCUGUCGGUUUGCUCCAUUUCUGGUGGCAUUACGUGUUCACUUGGUUAAGGUGGUGUUUGAGCAUCCAGCAAUCAGGGCACCAUCUUGGAAGUGGAGACGGGGCCCUUACCAGACACCAUGCCUGACAGUGCCUUGAUCUUUGACUUCCCAGCCUCCAGAAAUGUGAGACCUAUAUUUCUGUUCUUUAUAAUUUUCCCAAUCUCAGGCACUCUGAUAUAGCAGCACAAACAAAUAAGAUAGACGUACCAACCAGAGGAGUGUGGUGUUGCCCUAACUGAUACCUCAAAACAUGGAAGUGGCUUUGGAAUUGGGUAGUGGGCAGAGGCUGGCUGCAAAAUUUGUAGGAGAAGGACAGGAAAAUGCCUAGAUUGCCAUUAAUGGAGGCUUAAGGAAGAUUCUGGUGAGAGCUCAGAAGAAAUAGAGAACUUUAGGGAGAGUAUGCCUGAAGGCUUUAUGGAAAGUAAACUUAAAAGUGAUGAACAAGGCUAUCUGGCUGAAGAAAUGGCUAAGCAAAAUAUUAGCACAAGCAGCUGCACAGCUUCUCUCAACUGUUUAUAGUGAAAUGCGAGAAGAGAAAAACAAUUUAAAGACAGAAUU